UUAUUAGGAAAAAGAAUUUGGGGCUACUUAAACAUAGAGUGCUGCUAGUAGUGCUACGUUCAUUUCAUAUCAUCAUCAUCAUCAUCAUCAUCAUCAUCCAGUAAUUAAGAUAAAAUAAAAUAAAAGUUGGAGCUGUGGCAAUGGAGGCGGUGCUGUUGCACGGCGAUGAUGAAGGGGUUACGCCGUUGAAACGGGAGCUGUUUGUGGCUGAGCUGAAGAAGGUGAGCUACAUAGCGGCGCCAAUGGUGGUUGUCACCGUCUCUCAAAUUCUGCCACGCGUCGUGUCGAUGAUAAUGGUGGGCCACCUCGGUGAGCUCGCACUCUCCGGCGUCGCCGUCGCCACCUCGCUCGCCAACGUCACCGGUCUUAGUCCUCUGUUUGGGUUGGCUAGUGCACUCGAAACCUUGUGCGGGCAGGCCUUUGGAGCACAACAGUAUGAGAAGCUAGGACUCUAUAUCAAUGCUUCAAUUGUAUGUCUUCUUCUAGUCUGUUUACCACUCUCUCUUUUAUGGAUCUUCAUGGAAAAAUUGCUGAUAUUUAUCGGUCAAGAUCCUUCCAUUUCUCAUGAAGCUGGCCAAUAUGCUAUAUGGCUUAUCCCUGCAUUAUUUGGUUAUGCUAUUCUCCAAUCGCUGAUCAGAUACCUGCAAACUCAAAGUUUAGUUUUUCCCAUGGUUUGGAGCUCUAUUGCAGCACUUGUUUUCCAUGUACCUGUUUGCUGGGCUUUAGUGUUCAAGGCAAACCUAGGCACUGCAGGAGCAGCAUUAGCAAUUGGCUUAUGUUAUUGGUUCAAUGUGAUUUUGCUUCUUUUAUAUGUAAACUACUCUUCAACCUGCAAGAGAACUCGUGCACCAUUUGAUAAAAACAUCUUAAAUGGUAUGAGGGAGUUUUCCCGCUUUGCUGUCCCUUCGGUUGUCAUGGUCUGUCUUGAAUGGUGGUCUUGUGAAAUACUGGUAUUGCUCUCUGGGCUUCUACCUAAUCCACAACUCGAGACUUCAGUUCUUUCGAUAUGCCUCUUGAUUUCUUCGUUGCAUUACUUCAUCCCAUAUUCUGUUGGUGCUGCUGCGAGCACAAGAGUUUCAAAUGAACUUGGGGCAGGGUGCCCAGAGAGGGCCCGUGCUUCAGUUUAUGCUGCAGGUUUUCUUUCAAUUGCUGAGGCAAUAGUCGCUUGCACAUUUCUCCUCAGCCUGGGUAAUAUUGUGGGAUAUGCAUUCAGUAAUGAGAAAGAAGUUGUCGAGUAUCUCAGAGAUAUCAUUCCAUUCGUUUGCCUCUUGCUUGCAAUGGACUGUAUCCAAGCUGUCCUUUCAGAUGACGAAUAACUCUAGGCUAUGAGCCUCUGUACUGAAGAUGGAAUUGCAUUUCCUAGGAGUGGCAAGAGGUUGUGGAUGGCAACAUCUGGGCGCCUACGUGAAUCUUGGAGCGUAUUAUCUGGUUGGACUACCAGCAGCGGCUACUCUGGGUUUUGCGUUUCAUUGGCGGGGAAAGGGUCUAUGGCUUGGGCUAAACAUGGGAUCGGUAGUGCAAUCGAUGUUGUUAUCCUUGGUCACAUGUUCAACCAACUGGAGGAAACAGGUUUUCUGUUAAUUCUCUCCCUGUCUGUCAGUGUCACUACAUAUUUCUGCAAUUCAUACCACUCUUCAUUACAGGCAUCAAUGGCUCGACAACGAAUAUUCGAGGGCACAAUAGCUCCGGAUCAUGAAAAGCUUUUAGCAUGAAAAUCUUCAUUCUUCCAAUUUAUACCUCCAAACUUAAAUUCGAGGGGUGUCUACAGUUUCCAUUACUUGUAUUCUAUUUCCCUGUUAUUCUUCAAGUGUGCAUGUAACGCUUAUAAAAAGUUUCUGGAAAUUAGAAAUUUCUCAAGGAGUGUGCCACAUGUUUGAUGUUUCUAAACAUCCACUACAUUAGUACACCAUAUUUUUGUUAUUCCUUUUCAGGAUUAUAUUUUUAUAUUCAAGAGGCAUUUACUUUGUA